GUGCCAGCCGUCAGCGUGUCACUGUCAGUGUCAAUGAUGAAUCAAAGUAACGAAACGUAAUACGUAUCUAUGUCAUGUCAUGUACCAUCAUGUACAAGACUUGUACACAAAUACAACGUUGUUUAUAUUUUGAGGUUAUGUUGUUGAAAUGAGAUUCAGAAUUUAUUUGAAAAUAUUUUCGGUAAGACUGUAAACUGUAAGACGCUAUGCAAACUGAACCUAAAAUGUGGAAAAGAUAUUUAAUGUGGUUCGCCCACGAACACAUUGAUUUCCGUCAUGCAGAAAUGCAAAGUAUAAUAUCGUUAUUGAACAUACCGGUAAGGUAUGUAGAGAAACCUUGCGUUCAGAAGCCGUAUUGUAUUGUGGAAAUGCCUUCAGAAGAUUGUGUCAGAAAGAUUGCUUCUCGGUCAGUACUUUUGAAAAACUGUAUAGAAUUAUGGGCCAGAGCAAAAACCGUGUCACAAUUACACGUGAACUUGAAAAACUCAUUGAAAAAUUCGACAGGUAGUUGGGUUGCAGGGGAAAAAGAUAAUAAUGGGAUUAGCAAUACCUGUUUGUGUCCUAAGGAACUGAUAGAAUCAAGUUGUCCACUUAAAAAAUCGUUUAAGAUCGAAGUUGAGACCUUUUGCAAGCACUAUUCCAUGAAGGAGAAGGUUUCAAAAAUUGAAACUUUCAGCUACUUACCAUUUGAAGGACCGGUAAAGCUAAAGAACCCAGAUGUGACUUUACUCUAUCUGGAAUUUUAUGGUGUCGAUCCAAAUGAUGUUCCAGAAGAACCAUAUGAUGUCUUUUUUGGGAAAUGGAUAGCAGACGGUCAACGUGACCUGAUCCAGGUGCACUCGUUGAAGAAGCGGCAGUUUAUCGGCAACACCAGCAUGGACGCGCAAUUGGCCAUUAUCAUGGCUAACCAGGCACAAGUGAAGCUUGGAGACAUGGUUCUGGAUCCCUUCGUCGGCUCAGGCUCUCUACUUGUUGCUGCGGCACACUUUGGAGCGUAUGUGUGGGGCUCCGACAUCGACUACAUGAUGCUGCACGCGAGGACACGCCCCACUCGCGUCGGUCAAAAGAUUCGUACAAAAGAAGAGAGUAUACGGGGGAACAUGAGACAGUAUGGGACUGAAUCCAGGUACCUAGACGUGGUUGUCAGCGAUUUCUCACUGCACAAUUGGAGGUCGGACUUAAAAUUCGACGCGAUCAUCACUGACCCACCCUACGGUGUUAGAGAGCCGACAGAGAAGAUAGGAAUCGAACGAGAGAACUACACAUUAUCUGAGGAGCAUAUGGCGAAUCAUGUACCUUCUAAAGUGGAGUAUGGUUUGCAUCAUAUCUACAGUGACCUCCUCAACUUUGCGGCCACACAUCUUGAGAUGGGCCGACGACUGGUCUGCUGGUACCCGCUAGUUAGGGAAGAGUACCAGGAGUCUCAGUUACCGUCCCACCCUUGUCUGAAGCUGGUGGCCAACUCGGAACAGGUGUUGUCCAAGCUGGCAGCGAGGAGACUGCUCACAUACGAGAAAAUUCUGGAUGACGUGCCCAACAUGCCACUGGAUCCCAACGCUGGCGUCCAUAACUUUAGGGAAAAGUACUUUACAAUGGGUGAGACGACGCGACGAGAGAGGAAAGAGAAGAGGGCCGAAGAGGUCGCAGCCUACCUCGCGAGGAAACUGGAGACCACCAGAUAUGACCUCACGUGAAACACAAUCUCCUUACUCCUGACCAUUUCCCAAGACUUGGGACCAGUGCCUUUAGCCAAAUGCCACUUUAGCGCUUGUCUACCGAGAGAGUAGAUAACUAAAUAUAUGAUGAUACUGAUGAGUGUCAAAAUUUACGUCAAUCCCAUAUAAUUUGGUUUUCUACUCUACAAGUAGACAAGCGCUAAAUGGCAUUUGGCUACAGCUGCAGGACUGUCUUACGACUGAAAUUCAUAACCGAUCCUAAUUCCCAAUCCUAAAUCUUUGAAUUCACCUCCACUUUUACCAGAAGUAUAAUAGACUUAGCACAUGUUUCACCACCUUCGUAAAAGUACCCGACUUACUUAUGUGACAGAUAGUUCAUACAGCUUCUGCCCGCGCUCCUUUGAGACAAAAAGUAGCCUAUAUUUUAUUUCAGACCAUAAUCCACCCCUGUUCCAAAUUGCAUCCCUGUCGCGGAGAACC